AUGACACCAGAGGAUCUCUUAAACACCUUAGAUGAUUUGGGAGAUGGGGAGUUCAAAAAAUUCAAGUGGUUCCUACAGCAGGCCGACAUCGUUCAAGGCCUCCCAACCAUCAAGAAAAGCAGACUAGAGAUGACAAACAGGUGGGACACUGUGGACCUGAUGGUGCAGACCUACAGACUUCCUGGAGCUGUGAAGGUGACCAGGAAGGUUUUAGAGCGGAUCAGCAGGAAUGACCUGCUGCUCAGUUUGUCUGCCAGCAGGUCCAGACCAGAAGGUGAGUCACAGGAAGACAAACAGGAAGAGAACAGGAUUUCAUCAUCUCAACCUCAUCUUCCUCAGACUGAAGAUAAAAAUAUGGUGGUUCCAGUACCAGAGCCUCGCCCCAUCAUGUUUUACAAGCAGAUGCUUCAAUCAAACUUACAGGACAAGUUUAUGUGUGCACAAGAAGGGUGGACAGAAGAUAAAUUGCAUCUAACUGAUAUCUACACAGAGCUGUACAUCACAGCUGGGUAUGAUGUACAUAUCAACACACAGCAUGAGGUCCGGCAGAUUGAGAAAGUAUGGAAGCCAGCAGAACCAGAGAAACCCAUUAGACCCACAGACAUGUUCAAACAUCCUUCAGGAGACUACAGACCCAUCAAAACAGUGAUGACCAAUGGAAUCGCAGGAAUUGGAAAAACUUUCCUUGUUCACAAGUUUGUUUUGGACUGGGCUGAACAAAGAUCCAAUCAAGAUGUGCAUCUGAUUUUCCCCUUCACCUUCCGUCAGCUGAAUCCUCUGAAGGGAGAAAAGUUCAGUUUGGCAGAGCUCAUUCAUGAAUGCAUCCCAGAAACUGUAGGCAUCCCACAGGAGGCUCUGAAUUACAUCUUUACAGAUGUUCAGUCAUCAGGAAUCACCAACUAUGACAAGAGUAAAUUCAAACUUCUGUUUGUGUUUGAUGGGCUGGAUGAGAGCCGCCUUCAUCUCGACCUUCAUUCUGAAGACAUUCGCUCUGUCGAUGUAACAAAGGCAACUAAAACAGAUGUCCUGCUGAGGAAACUCAUCAAUGGGAAACUGCUACGCUCUGCUCGCAUCUGGGUAACCACACGGCCUGCUGCAGCCAACCAGAUCCCUCGAGAGUUUAUCAGCAGUACAACUGAGGUCAGGGGGUUCACAGACCCACAGAAAGAGGAGUACUUCAAAAAGAGAUUCAAAGGUAAGGAGCAAGCUGACAAACUCAUCUCCCACAUCAAAACAACAGGAAGCCUCCACAUCAUGUGCCACAUCCCAGUCUUCUGCUGGAUCACUGCAACAGUUCUGGAGGAUGUGUUGAAAACCAGAGAGGGAGGAGAGCUGCCCAAGACUCUGACUGAGAUGUACGCAGAGUUCCUGGUGUUUCAGAUUGAUCGGACAAAAGAAAAGUAUGGCCCAGAGAAGAGCAUUCAAUACAUUAAGUCAUUAGCAAAACUGGCCUUUGAGCAGCUGGAAAAGGGCAACCUGAUCUUCUAUGAGAAAGAUCUGAGAGACAGCGGCAUUGAUUUCAGUGAAGCCUCGGUGUGCUCAGGAGUGUUCACAGAGAUCUUCAAAGAAGAUCGAGGAAGGAAAGGGAAAGACAAGAUGUUCAGCUUCGUCCAUCUGAGCGUUCAGGAGUUUCUGGCUGCUCUUUAUGUGAGGAUGUCGCUUAUAAAUAGCAACAAAAAUGUGAUGCUUUCACCACCACUGUCUCUGAAAAACCUUCGACUGCUUUUCAGUAAAAUAUCUUCAAAGAAGAUCAACAAAAUUUCGAUUGACAGGGCCUUACAGAGUUCAAACGGCCACCUGGACUUGUUCCUUCGCUUCCUCUUGGGUCUUUCACUGCAGACCAAUCAGGAUAAACUACAGAGCCUACUGAAAAAAACAGACUGUCGGUCAAAAACCAACCAGAAAACAAUCCAGUAUAUCAAGGAGAAGCUCAGUGAGAAUCAGUCUCCAGAGAGAAACAUUAAUCUUCUCCACUGUCUGAAUGAACUAAAUGAUCGUUCUCUAAUAGAGGAGAUCCAACAGUAUUUAAGUUCAGGAAGCCUCUCCACAUAUGAACUUUCUCCAGCUCAGUGGGCCGCUUUGGUCUUCAUCUUACUGUCAUCAGAAGAAGAUCUGCAUGUUUUUGACCUGAAGAAGUACUCUGCUUCAGAGGAGGCUCUUCUGAGGCUUUUGCUAGUGGUCAAAGUCUCGAAAACAUCUCUGCUGAGCAGCUGCAAUUUGUCAGAAAGAACCUGUGAAGCUCUGUCUUCGGUACUAAGCUCACAGGUCUCCAGUCUGACAGAGCUGGACCUGAGUAACAAUGACCUGAAGGAUUUAGGAGUGAAGCUGCUAUCGUCUGGAUUGGAAAGUCCACACUGUGCACUGAAAAUUCUCAGGCUGUCAGGCUGUCAGAUCUCAGAGGAAGGCUGUAUCUGUCUGGCCUCAGCUCUGAAAUCCAACCCCUCACACUUGAGAGAGCUGGACCUGAGCUACAACCAUCCAGGAGACCUAGGGGUGAAGCUACUGACUGCCGGACUAAAGGAUCCACAGUGGAGACUGCACAGUCUCAGCCUGGAGCAUAGUGGAGAGCAAAGGCUGAAACCUGGUCUGAAAAAGUAUUUCUGUGAACUCACACUGGAUGCAAACACAGCAAACAGGAAACUCAAACUGUCAGACAACAACAGGCAGGUGACAGCAGUGACAGAGAAGCAGCCUUAUUCUGUUCAUCCAGAGAGGUUUGACGUCUGGCUUCAGCUGCUAUGUACCACUGGGCUGACUGGUCGCUGUUACUGGGAGGUCGAGUGGAAAGGAUUUGUUUUUAUAGCAGUGAGUUACAGGAGCGUCAGAAGGAGAGGAAACAGUUAUGACUGCAGGUUUGGAGGGAAUGAUCACUCCUGGAGUCUGAGGUGUGCUGAAGAUGAAAGUUUCUCCGUUUGGCACAAUAACAGAGAAACAGCCAUCCCCUCCUCUUCCUCCUCCUCCGCCUCUCACAGAGUAGCGGUGUAUGUGGAUUGGCCUGCUGGUACUCUGACCUUCUACAGAAUUUCUUCCGGCUCACCGAUCCAUCUCUACACCUUCCGCACCACCUUCAGCAAACCCCUGUACCCUGGGUUCUGGUUAGUGUCACAUGGUUCUUCAGUGUCCCUCUGCUCACUGUAGCAGGACGAGUCUUCCACGUGCGGUUGCUGGCAGAAAGGUUUUGAUUUUGAGUGUUGAACAUAUGAAGUAUGUGUGGGGAUGGUCUAACAGAUGGCAGAGUGUUAAUACAGUCAUGUGACGUUCUGCUUGUAAAAUAAA